CGUCUGAUGUUAUGAACGUCACUUCCGCUACGUCAGUUCCUUAGCAUUCGGUACCGUUAGCCCCCGACUCACACCGAACGGGACAAUGUUCAGAGCCGUUUUAAGAUUGUCGUCUUCGGGGGUGCGGAGUGUGGUAAAGGCAAGACCCGCUUAUUCAGCUCCUUUGGCUUCCAGAUCCUUCUCCCAUGGGAAGGUUGAGACGGAUGAGGAGUUUGAUGCUCGCUGGGUGACCUACUUUAGCAAGCCAGACAUUGAUGCCUGGGAGUUGAAGAAAGGCAUGAACACCCUUAUUGGGUACGACCUGGUGCCUGAGGCCAAGAUCUUGGACUCUGCCCUGAGGGCUUGUCGCAGACUGGAUGACCUGGCCAGUGCCAUCCGCAUCCUGGAGGCUGUGAAGGAUAAAUCCGGUCCUCACAAAGACAUAUAUCCAUACCUGAUUCAGGAGCUGGGGCCUACCCUGGCUGAACUUGGCAUCUCAACGCCGGAGCAGCUGGGCAUCGACAAGUUAUAGAAGGCUUCCUAACAGGUUGUUGUAUAAACCCUCGCCCUUCCAUCUCUACUGUCUGACGUUGGCUGAAUCAGUUUCAUGCUGUUGUGUAUAAAAUAAUGGACCUAAUAAAGAAAAGGAAUAUAAACAUU